AAAAGAAAAUCUGUAUAAGAAACGUUUUACAUAGUAGAAUAAAAAUAAAAAAUAGUAAUGUCUAUAUAGAAAAAUUACAGUUUAUGUUUGCAACGUUAUUUAAUUCAUAGUUGCAUAAAAUCGUUUCAAAGAUUGUUCAUAUUUUUAUUACUUUUUAUUCAUUACUUUCGCAGAUAGCUUCUGGUAUAACUACGUAUCUAGUGAUCCUUCAUACCGCUAAUGUCUAGCGGUAAUUUCUCAGAAGAAAGAUCUCAAUUUGCUACAUCUAUGCGACCGAUCGAUCGGUUUAUCGCCCCGCCAAUUCUAUCCUCAUCUUUCUUCGCGGCUUUACGGAUCGGCUGUUUACAAAUCAAAGUUAAAAGAAGCAAGCCACGAAGACCCUUUUUUACUCUUCACACAAGACAGACAAUUACAUGGAGGGGAACAAGAUAUUUGUCUGUAACAGAAUAUCUAUGAAAUUCAACUUGUUUUGCGUUGAGAGAGUCAUGAGAGUGCUAUGAUAGUUGGUAGAGCAGGUUUUUUAUAGAACAAAAUACGAGGAAGGAUGAUGGAUGUUGUAAAAGGGUCGGUAUUAUUUCUGCCAGUGUAAAAUUGUUAUAAAAUAUGUUAAAAGCCACAAAAAUACCGAUUAAAAUUUUUUAAUCUUUUACUGUUUUGAUUUAUUUAAAGAAAUAAGUAUCGAUUUCAAUUCUACAGAUUGUUUCAAUUUCUUAAAAUCAAAUUAUACUGUUACAAAAAUGUCUCUUAUUUCAAUACUAUUAUUUCAAUACUAUAAUAUCCAAUUCAGUUUUUUUAUAGUGCUUCUAUCUCAAUAGAUGAUGAAGACUGAAGUCUAAUGUUAAUGUGUGUACGUUUAUAUCCAAUAAAUUAAUAAAUUAUUGUAAAAUAAAGUGUUGUAGUUUGAUGAGUUGUUUUAUUUGUCUCUCUUUUUCCUUCUCAAAUACUUUUUAAAUAAAAUUUGAGAGGUUUACGUUUUCUCUAUGUUCUUCCAGAAUUAAAGUAUUGUACAGAAAAACAGUAUUUAGAAUAAAUCGCUGCCGGUAGUGCCGGUUCGUUAAUUAAUUAAAGUUUAUUCUAAAUUUUAAAAAUUCGUAGAUUAAAAAAAUUUCCAAUAUAAUUUAGGAGGAAGAGUAUUCAAGUAAAAUUCUAAACAAUGAUUAUUUUGUUGUUUAUAAAGUUCUAAAAUAUUCAAAAUAAUAAUUGGAAUUUGUCAAUUUAUUUGUAAUGAUAAAAUCAUAACUUAUAUCUUUCAAAAUAUCUGCGUUAAGCUAUUAUUUAAAUUGUUUUCUUUACAAUAUUCUAUUAUUAUUACUUUUAUAAAAAUGUGUGCAAAAAACGAAGAUCACAGAUCGAUAACGGAAGGCCCUGAUAAAACAUUGUACAUCAAGAGGAUAUCUCAAGCUUGCGUAAUUGUAAACGAACACUAUUCGCUGUAGUCGUAAUUUCUACACAAACGCCUAAGGGAAAUAAAGCUGCUGCUUAACAGUCUCAUGCGCGCGUCUGCUCCGCCGCGAUUCAAACUAAUGCCGCGAUCCUAGCGGCUACUACUCCACCAAGCAGCCACCACCGCGAAUAUUUUCCUCGUAUCAAGCUCGGCGCCAAUAAAAGAUAUUCCGCGAACGUGAAGUGGUCGAAAGUGCGAGAGGUCGAAUCACAUUGUGCGCGCAACUGCCAAGAAUCUCGGUGCAUAUAUCGAGUGCCGUUGCGACAAACCGCGAAAACUUGUUUCGACUUCGAAAGAAAGUCGUUGAAUUUCUGUUAUCCGAAUUAAGACUCGCGUCACAAAAAUCUCGUCUUCUCGCUUUUCUUUCGUAACGUUGCCAAUUAUUCAACGCUGCCGCCGUUAUUUUCUAUUUUAAUCUUUUUAUGCGAGACCCCUGAUCUUGGUUGAUUCGGGAUUAGAGACUUAUGAUAGUAUCGUGAUUGCACGAAGAUGGCGAACGAAACUAUGUCGUCGGAAAUCGAUAAUAUGAUCAAGACACUGUGGGAUUUUUACGACUACUUUCACGGAAGCUAUACGGACUAUCUGUUGAUUGCUCUUUAUGCACCAACUAUACUGAUCGGUGUGAUAGCUAAUAUUCUUGUGAUUAUAAUGGUCUGCAAAUAUCAUUUAAAGAGCGUUACUUACUAUUUUGUGAUUAAUCUGUCCGUGGCUGAUUUACUAGUUGCUACAAUAUGCAUGCCAAUGACAAUGAGUCAGGAAAUCUCGAUGUCAUGGAAUCAAAGUGAAUUCUUGUGCAAACUGACUUCUUAUCUGCAAAGUGUAAGUGUCACCGCGUCGAUAUACACUAUUAUGGCUAUGAGCAUCGACAGAUACUUAGCCAUAAGGAAUCCCAUGACUCUCCGCUGCAUAUGUAGUCACAGAAACAUCAUUCUCGUUAUUACAACUAUCUGGCUAGCAUCCCUUACCUUUCUUAUUACAAUUUAUGAAGCGAUGAGAUUUCAAAAUCCAAUGAUGGAUGUUAUUGCAUUCUGGAAUGAGACUAUGGCAAGAAUGAAUUUCUCGCGCAAUAUCAUCUCGGCGAUACCACCAGAUUUCAAUAUGUGCAUAGAAGAUUUUAUGUCAUUAGGAAUUAGACAAGAUAUCUUUGGCGGCGUAUACUUCCUGUUCUCUAUCGUUAUUCCGUGUCUCGUUGUAUUACUGGCAUACUCAAUUAUUGGUUUUACUCUUUGGUCUAAGAAGCCACCUUUCGAUUAUACUAAUAAGGAAAGCGCCAGCUCGCGACAAGGCUGCAGAUUACGACAAGACAGAAAACGCGUUGCAUUGAUGUUAUUAUUUCUUGCUAUACUUUUUGCUGUGUGCUGGUUGCCUUAUAAUACUGUCAAAUGUUUGAUCGAUCUCGGCGUGUUCGAAACGAUAAAUAACACAUUAUUAGAGAACACAUUAAAGUACUUCCUGUUUCUGGGACAUGCAAACAGCGCUUUGAACCCCGUGAUUUACUGUUGGAUGAUGCGUGGCUUUCGUCAAAAUCUCGCACGAAUUCUACAUUGCAUUUACAAUCGCACUUCUAGUCGCGUCUCGAAUGAAUCACAUCAUAAUUCCUCCCAAAGAAACGUAACAAUGAUCGCUGACAAAAAUAUGCAACACAUCCCGAUAUAUCAACAAAGGUUAAGCAUGCGCAGAUAUGCUAAAGAGAUAAUGCACAAACAGAUUGGAUAUUUAAAUAAUAGUGAUACAGAUAUCGAACUGAGAAACACCUGUAACCUUUUGAAUAUACAAAUUGAUCCGUCGAAAGACAAUAAGAAGAAUCAGCAGCAGAAUAGAGGCAAGAAUAAAUUAGAGACUAAUCAAUUAGAAUCGAGUACCUUAUAUACUUCCGUUAAUUAUCCCUCAUUGUCUCAAUGUUAAUUGUCAAUCAUCUUUAUUCGGGAAAAGGCAUGAUUAUCAGUUGCUUUCUAUUCUAUUAAUAUAUGAAAGGAUUCUUUCUUUUGUUUUUUUUUUAUUAAAACUUUAUUGUCAUAAUACGUAUAAGUCGCAAAUGAGUCCGAGCGCUCUCAAUCAUCGCUGUACAAAGACAUGACAACACAAUGUAUGAUACAAUUAAUAAGAUUUGUACAGUAAAUCGAUGAUGGAUAAUCUCUGCAAGUCUUCGCGCAAUUUAAUUCGCUUCUGUUUCUCGAGAUCGAUAUUUAUUUUUCUUUUCAUAAAAAAACUUCGAUCUCCUGUAUGGUCUCUCGCUUAUUAUCAUAUUUUUGUUAUAAAAAA